AUGGUCUCCCUUUUCGACGAACGCCUUCUCCCAUCAAAUGUGCCGAUUCCCGAUGGAUACCGUCUUCGUGCGCUUCGAAACGAUGACUACUGUGAAAAAAAUAAAUACGAGUACUUGGAAUUGUUGAAACAGCUCACUUCCGUCGGAUUCAUCAAUCAAUUGGUGUUUCGAAAACGAUUCGAUGCGAUGAAAAAUGCCCAAUCGUAUUAUAUCGUUGUGCUGGAACAAUUGGGAUCCCCGAAAAUCGUCGGCGCCGCUACGUUGCUCAUCGAAUUCAAGUAUAUUCAUGAAGCAGGGACACGUGGCAGAGUAGAAGACGUCGUUGUCGACGAGAAGAUUCGUGGAAAGAAGUUUGGAGCACUUUUGAAUCAAGUACUCGUCGAGAUGGCGCAGACGAUCGGCGUCUACAAGCUAUCCCUCGAAUGCAAAACGGAACUGAUCACAUUCUACAACAAAUUCGGAUACAACAAGACACUCCACUUUCUCGAUCAACGAUUCGAUGAGUCAUCCGCCCCCGUCCAUUGGCCGAAACCACGUGGAAACGCUCUUUUCAUCGAAGAUCUCCUUCCAUCUUCUGAUUCCAAUCUUCCCGCUGGAAUUCGUAUUCGAUCUCUUCAUUCCGAUGACAUGGAUGAAUAUCUGAAACUGUUGGAACAGUUGAUUUCAGUUGGAUACGUGUCAAAAACAGAUUUUGAGAAGAGAUUCGCGACGAUGAAGACCGCCGACUCGUAUUUCAUUGUGGUUUUGGAGGAUUUGAGCACCUCGAAAAUUGUCGGAGCCGCCACACUUGUCGUCGAAUUCAAGUAUAUCCACGAAUGCGGACUGCGUGGUAGAGUUGAAGACGUCGUCGUCGAUGAAUCAAUGCGUGGAAAGAAGUUGGGCGUGCUUCUCAACAGUAUUCUCGUCGAAAUGGCCAAAAAUCUGGGCGUCUACAAGUUAUCGCUCGAGUGUAAGACGGAUUUGAUUCCAUUCUACACGAAAUUCGGAUACAAAGAGAAUAUUCAUUUCAUGGUGCAACGAUUCGACGAGGCGACGCCUGUUAUUCAACUGUAA